GAAAGUCAUACCCACCACGUGACAUCCAAUCCCGGUAAGCUCCGAACUUGGUAAAUUCCAUCGCCGACGACCUCCCUCGCAAACACGUCAAUUGAAACGACUUGCCACCUCAAAUCCGCAAUUCACAACCAUGACUGGCGAAGUACGCAUAGGCUACAAAUUCUGCCUUUCUCAGAAGAUCUCUUACUGACCAGCGCAUACAGGCACAUCCCUCGACCGGCGUUCUGCCUCCAAAAGGACCAGUUUCUUACUCUACCUACAAAUCGCCCUAUGGUCCAAAGUACGUCGCAUGCCUGGAGGGAAGGAGGGGAAGAGGGGAAUAGUGCUGAUGAACGGCAGAUACAAGGUCCAGCCACAUAUUGCUGGAUGGACGAUUAAGAGUGCUGUUAAAUUGUAUGUCUGCCCCCAAGGAAACCCGGAUUCGAUUUGCGAUUUCGAUGUCUGGGAUGUUUUGCGCAUGCGCUAGAAACGCCUUUCACAGAUGGAAUGGGAUUAGAAAUUGGCAAACGGGUAUACUAACUUCCAAGCAGAGGCACGACUUUGGGCGCUUUCGGUGGUGUUGCUGGAUUCUUUGCUCUUUACUUCUUCUCCGAUAUCCCACGAGUACGAAAUGAUAUCAUGGUUGUAAGUGGCAACCUUCUUUUUGUAGCGAUCCACCGCUAACAACACAACAGAAAAUCCCAAUCAUUGGGAGCCACUUCCGAAAAGAAAUUCCUGCUUCCGACAACGUACGUUUUGCCCUUCCCUCUUUAUACUCGAACUAUUUCCCCGAGGACUGCAGCUGUGGCGAUAUACUCAUCAAAUACGUAAUGACUGCGUUCCGUGCUAUAAUUCUUCUGCGAAAUAGAACUCGAAUUUUCCGAGGGCACCUACUACAAAACCCAGGCUGUGUCACGUUGAAUUAUCGAUCCGAAGCUAACCAAUGAAACAGCCCUUUUAAAUCACCAACGCCGCCCUGUGGAGAACAAUACG